CACAAAGGAGUAACCCUGUCAAUUAUCUGCCCAUUUCCAUCUCCACGCCGUUUGCCAUCCAUCACCCAGAAACACAGAGUGCAAUCGCAACGCCAUGGCAACCUCGCUGGCAUUGAUGGCGGCGCGUCGAGCAGCGACCUUCAAUCGACUCCCUGCAUCCAUAUCAGCGGCUCAAUCUGCGUCCUUGGUCACCCGCCGCGGCCUUGCAGGGGCUGCUGAUCAUCAUGGACCACCAAAGGUGAAUUUUUGGGAAGAUCCGAUGAGCCCUUCUAAAUGGAAGGAAGAGCAUUUUGUACUUAUCUCUUUGGCUGGAUGGGCUUCAGCAUUCUACGGUGGAUACAAGUUCUUCACUGGUGGAAAGAAGAAUAAGGAAGAGACAGUGGUGCAAGCGUCUCAGUAAAGCUGGAAUCUUGUGAUGCAUUAGAGAUGAUGCCGAUAUUACAAGCAAUAACAAUAAUGCAGUUCUUUCAGAUACCAAUCAAUGUUUUGGUCUUUCCUCUUUUAGAUGUGCUUAUGCCUGGAUAAAUCUCCUAAACUAUUGCACAUGUUUGUUUUUGACGGCAUCAUUGUUGGUUUAGUUGACUUGCUGUUCUGAGCUCAAUUUGCAAUCCCUUGCAUAUAAAAGACUCAAUGAUAAUUUCACACAAGACCAAAUGAUACUCCGUA